AUGGAUGUUUUGCCUCAGAACUUUAGAACCUUGUGGCUCUGUGGUCUGUGGGACGAAGAUAAAAAAUUCUCCCCCACAUUUUACUUGUACAAAAUAUUUGUUCUUUUGCUAGUUUGUCAUAUCUCGUUGGGACAAUUACUAUUCGUAUUUGUAACAAGUAAAAAUGUUAAGGAACUGACAACGGGUUUAGUUUUUACUGUCAAAUUCAUUGAACUAUGUGUUAAAUUAAUAAACUUUAUGUUUAAGAAAAAGCAUAUGGAGGAUUUAUUGUCAAUUUUUCGUGAUGAUACUUGUCAAGAAAUGUCAAUAGAUGAGGAAUUAAUUUUAAAUAAAUAUAAAAGAAAGAGUCGUCAAUUUUUUUGGAUAUUUCUAAUUGUAUCGGAGUGUAUGACAACAAUUUAUAUGAUACAAUGUGCUUUGAAUUGGAAAGAGAGUAUCGAUUUACCGUUUCAAAUUUAUGAUCCAUUUAAUUUUACUGAAUUUACGAUAAUGAUAGUUUUUUAUGUUGCGGAAGUGGUGGAGUGUUCAUAUUCCGUUUGUUUAAAUGUUUGCUUUGACACAAUGGUUUAUGGAUUUAUUAAUUUAACUUGUGGUUUAUAUGAAUUACUUUGCUUUCGAAUAAAACGAUGCGAUAGGAAGGACUCGAAAUUACCGAUAACGGUUAAGGAGUGUGUCAUGCUGCAUAUCACUAUUCUUAAAAUUUUAAAUAAGAUUAAAACAUUUUUUAUGGGUGCAAUUACAAUUAUGUUUAUUUUUACACUCUCUGUCAUCUGUAGUGGCAUUUUUGUCGUCACUGAGAAAUCAUCUAAACUUGAUGCUGAAAAAAUGAUCUUAUUGUAUUACAUUUUGUGCAUUGUUGCUCAGUCUUAUAUGUAUUGUUGGUUUGGAACAGAACUUGAAGAAAAAAUGAAAAGUGUUGCUGUUGCAGUAUAUGAAGUUGACUGGACAUUUUCCACUCCUGCAGAAGUGAGAAGUUUAACACUAAUGAUUUUAAUAGCUCAAAGAGGAUCAACAAUUUCUUAUAGAGGACUAUGUUCCUUGAGUAAUGAAACUUUUGGAUGGAUAAUUAAAUCAGCAUAUGGGGCACUAAAUGUUUUGAAAAAUUAUUCGAGUUCUUGA